AUGUUCUCUGCAACACUGUCAACCCAUUGCUCGAGAGGCGGGUUUCAUGCCCAGAAGCUGGGGCAUGAGAGAAUCGGCCUCGAAAGACGGCGAGCAGAGGCGCAAAAAGACCGUCACAUCGCGACACCUAAUAGAGGUCUAAUUCGACAAGAGGCUCAGCAAGAAAUCCGAUCAGUGACUCCAUCACUCACCCGGUCUCCACCAGUGUUUGUCACACCACCAGUGAUGCAACCGUACAGAAUUUCAGCUGAAGAAGAGACAUUCGCUAUCUUCCUCGUUGUGGUGACUCUGGCCGCCAGAGCAUCCGCCACAGCGCAGCCUGACUGCAUCCACGGAGAUUCUGUGGGCUACUCUUAUCCUGCCCCAGCCGUCCAGCUCAACGUGGGCCCGGCUGUGAAGUACGCUUCCGUCGGUCCGUCCUACAGCGCAUACCAUGCAGCUCCGGCCUAUUCCUCCUAUUCCACGGGUCCCGCCGUGAAAGUGACGAACGUCGUGCCAGGAUACAGCGCCCACGCCUACACCCCUGACGUCACCUACGCCAAAUCUGCCGGACUCGUGCUCGCAGAUCAAUCCCCAUCAUCCAAGUAUGCGGCUGUGGCUCCAUCUGGCUACGGAUACGCCACAAGUGCUGGCCUCUCUUCCUACACAACAACCUCCGGAGUGUCAACCUAUGCCGCCGCUCCAGUGGCUAAGCUGGCUGUGUCCGCCCCGGCUGUGACCUAUGCUACAGCGGCUCCAGCUGUUGUCAGCAAAGUUGCCUACGCAGCUCCCGCUGUCACCUACGCGACGGCUGCUCCUGCCAUCGCUAAGGUCGCCUAUGCUGCCCCAGCUGUCACCUACGCCACAGCAGCGCCUGCUGUUGCCAAAGUGGCCUAUGCAGCGCCCGCCGUGUCCUAUGCCACUGCUACACCCGUUGUAGCAGCCAAAGUGAGCAACGCAUACCUCCCUCCGGUCACGAAAAUCAGCACCGGACCCGCCUACUCAUCCUACGUCUCCGCCCCAGCUGUCUCUUACGCCGCCCCACUGGCUAAGGUAGCAACCUAUGCCCACGCUGCUCCAGCUGUAUCCACCGCCUACGUGUCGGCUCCUCAUGUGGCUAGCUAUGCCGCUCCCGCUGUUGCCAAGUACGUCUCAGCUCCGGCCGUUGCCACAUAUUCGUCUGCCCCAGCGGUCUCAACGAGCUACGUCUCCGCUCCCGCCAAAAUCGCCACAUACGCUGCCCCUGCAGUCUCCACUUACUCCCACGCUCCGGCCGUCUCUACAGCCUACGUCUCUGCCCCUGCUAAAGUGGCUACCUACGCCGCCGGAGCCAAGCUCGUUGCCCCAGCUGCCUAUGCUAGCUACUCUGCCGCUCCUGCUGUGUCCACGUCCUACGUCUCCGCACCAGUUGUGUCCAAAUUGGCUGUGGCCCCGUCCUAUGCCACGUACGCCGCGCCCGCUAAGGUGGCCUACUCCACCGGACCCGCUGUGACGACAUAUUCAUCUGGUGCCGCCUUCGGCAAACUUGUGUCACCCUCCGUCGCCACUUACGCCUCAGCUCCGGCUUACAGCAGCCUCUCCGUUGGACCAAGUGUUGCCUCCUACCACGCUGGCCCCUCAGUGGCUUCCUACCAUGCCGGCCCGACUGUGUCUUCGUACCACGCUGGCCCCACAGUGGCUUCCUAUGCUGCCCCAGUUGUCAGCAAGGUCGUGUCAGCCCCUGCUGUUGCCACCUAUGCUUCAGCUCCGGCCUACGCUAGCAAAGUCGUUGCCCCUGCUGUCACCACGUACUCUUCCGGACCAGUGGUGAGCAAGGUCCUGUCUGCUCCCGCUUAUUCCGGCUAUGCUCAUGGACCAGCCGUUGCCACUUACACCUCGGCUCCUGCCUACGCCAGCAAAGUGGUGGCCGCUCCCGCUUACUCUGGUUAUGCUCAUGGACCAGCCGUUGCCACUUACGCCUCAGCCCCAGCCUACACCAGCAAAGUGGUAGCUGCCCCAGCUGUGUCUUAUGCUGCCCCAGCAUACAGUAAGGUCGUUGCUGCUCCCGCUGUUGCUUCCUACGCUGCCCCAGCUGUUGCAUCCUACGCUGCUCCAGCCUAUAGCAAGGUGGUCGCUGCUCCAGCUGUUCACUCCGUACCUUAUGCUUCGUACGCCGAUCACGGUUAUGGAGGCCACGGAUACGGAGCUCACGGAUAUGGAGGCCACGGAUAUUACGGACACUCUGGACUGAGAUACGCUGCCGCAGUUCCCGCUGUCUCCCACUCUGUCGUGCCCGCCGCCAAGGUGGCCUACGCCGCCGCUCCGGCCGUUGUGAAGACCGUCAGUGAGAAGCACCUUGAAUACUACGAUGACCAUCCUCGCUACGCCUACGAGUACGGCGUCAAUGAUCCCCACACCGGUGAUAUCAAGGAGGCCAAGGAGGAGCGCGACGGUGACGUCGUCAGGGGAUCGUAUUCCCUUGUGGAGCCUGACGGCAAUGUGCGCACCGUGAACUACUACGCCGAUUGGGAGACUGGCUUCCACGCGCAGGUCACAAACAGCCGUGAUCAAGUUCAUGGUGUGGUGGCCAAGAGGGCCGCCGUGAAGGCGUAAGAGCCGCAAUGACGCCCAUGUCCUUUGCUAAGAAGAGAAACACGCGAAGAAAAGCCCCUAGAUCAACCCCCAUAGAGAUUUCAGAUACUCAAAGUUAAACUUAAUUUAAUUUAUAGUUUUCCUCUCUUAUUCUUUACCUCUUUUUGAGUUUCUCCUCCAUAUCUAUAUAUAUACAAAUUGCCUUUAUUGUAUAUUUUUUUUGUCUAUCUGUUUCUCUAUGACAGCUAAUCUUAAUAUAAUGCCCAUAUGUAAUUGUUAUUUAAAUAAGAAUGAAGAAAAAAGCGUUCUGUAUAUUGAAGACACCCAGCAAUUAUUGUCACUGGAACUCACAAGAAACGAUCUAGAUCACUUUUCGUUUCUCAGCAGCAAAUUUUAUCCUAUUGAUUGUCCCUAUUUUGUGCUCCUCUAGUUUUUCUCUUUCACAAAUAAAUGAGAUCAUUUUUUUUUUAAUAUAUAUAUUAAA